UUAGUGCAUUUCACGUUUUUUGUGUGAGAAGUUUUUAAUUAAUUUCUGGAAUAAAAACAAUUUGUAGGCAAUAAAUAAAUAUGAGAACUAAAAGAUAGACUUCCCGUAAAUGAAAUUCCACAAAUGAGAUAAAAUGUCUUUGAGUAUAACUCGAAAAAUUCUUGGAAAACUCAAACCCUUUUUUCGACUCCAUGUGCGGGGAUUUGCAGCUGGAGAUGAUAUCCGGAGGACAAAGAAUAUUGGGAUUCUGGCGCACAUUGAUGCCGGAAAGACCACCACGACAGAGAGGAUGCUUUUCUACUCGGGACGAACGCGAUCACUUGGGGAAGUUCAUCAUGGGAACACGGUGACGGAUUUCCUGGAUCAGGAACGUGAGCGAGGGAUUACAAUUUGCAGUGCAGCCGUUACCUUCCCGUGGAACAAUGUAAAGAUAAACCUAAUCGAUACCCCUGGUCAUAUUGACUUUACAAUGGAGGUGGAACUUAGUCUGGGAGCUGUUGAUGCAGCUGUUGUAAUCCUGGAUGCUUCAGCGGGAGUUGAAGCACAAACCCUCACCGUGUGGGCACAGGCUGAUCGCUAUAGCCUUCCCAGGAUUGUAUUUGUCAACAAAAUGGAUCGAGAUGAUGCAGACUUCAUGGCGUGCAUUGAAGAUCUAAGGAAGAACCUCAGAGUCUUGCCUGUUCCACUGCAAAUCCCAAUUAGAGGAAAGAAAGAAUUAGUUGGGAUUGUGGAUGUCGUGAAGAGGAAGCUCCUCACGUGGAAUACAAAAAACGAAGGAUUUAGCUACAAAAUCUCCCCACUUCCUGAGAAUCUUGCCGAAGAGUGCGAAGUCAAGAGAUUCGAACUAAUUGACUGUUUGUCCGGAGUAGACGAUGAACUGGCUGAUGUUGUAAUCAUCCGAAAUACCCUCACGGAUAUUGAGACAGAAGCUGUAGAGAAAGCCAUCCGGAGAGCUACAAUCAGCCAGAAAAUCGUUCCAGUCCUCCUUGGAUCUGCAUACAAAAAUACCGGCGUUCAGAUGCUCCUGGAUGCAAUUGUUAGCUACUUCCCUAAUCCCCUGGAGCGGCAUCAAGGACUUGAAUCUUUCGAAGGUGACUUCAUUGCGAGAGUCUUCAAAAUCAUGCACGAUCGGCAGAGGGGUCCGCUGACACUCUUUCGUGUCCUCAGUGGGAAUCUCAAGAAGAACUCAAAGGUCACAACAGGUAGGGGAGGAUCAGAAGUUGCUCAGAAGAUCUAUGAGCCACUCGCUAAUGAAUACCGGGAGAUUGAGUCUGUUUCUACCGGUGAUAUUGGAAUCUGUGCAGGACUCAAGACCACAAUGACGGGAGAUCUACUAGUGGGAAAUUCAGGAAUUUUGAAGAAACUCCAGAAAAAAUUCCCCAAAGUUCUUUCGUAUGAAGAAGAUGGUGAAUCUGCUGCUGAUCAGCAAAGUCCAGGAAGUUUAUUUUCAGUUGAAACGAAGAUUUCAGAUGCUGUCUACUUUUGUUCUGUGGAACCACCGUCAUUGUCUCAGCAAAAAGCCCUGGAAAUUGCCUUAAUGCAGCUUCAACGAGAAGAUCCGAGCCUAAGGGUGCGAUACGAUGAGACUACCCUUCAAACAGUGCUUGGAGGGAUGGGUGAACUACAUCUGGACAUCGUAAAGUCGAGAAUUCUAUCAGAAUACAAAGUUGAUGUCAUGUUGGGACCGCUUCAGAUUGCCUACCGGGAAUGCUUGGACGUGGAAAGCGCAAGAGAUGCUCUUUCUGUUGAAAAGGAAAUUGCUGGAAGCAGGCAAAGGAUGUCAAUUGUGCUGUCUCUGAAUCAAGGAAAGAAAGAAAAAUUCUCCGUGGACACAUCAAAGGACGCCGGUGAAGGACUAACUUCCCUACGCCCAAAGUAUUUGAGUCUCAUCAAGAAGGGCGUCCUUGCAGGCUUGGAACGAGGACCAAAGCUCGGUGGGGUUGUCGUUGACACCUUCGCCACUCUUCACGAUAUCUCCAUAGGUCCAGGAGCUGUGGAUUCUUUUGUGAUUGCCACAGCAGCUCAAUGCGUUCAGAAGAUUCUCAGGGAUGCAGGUUGUCGACUACUGGAGCCCAUCAUGUCCCUAGAAAUCAUUGCUCCUGGAGAUCUUAUGCCCCUCAUCCUUCCGGAUCUGAGCAGAAGACGUGCCACAAUCCAAGAAAUGUGCCCAAAAGGAGAAUUCAGCAAACAACUCCGUGUUCAUGCUCCUCUUGCUGAGUUAUCCAACUAUUCGAGUUCUCUGAGGAUUCUUACUUCAGGAAGAUCGACGUUUUUCAUGGAGUUCAGCCACUAUGCCCCAAUGACAACGCAAGAUCAAGAAAUUGCCAUUAAAACAGCCCAGGGACUGAUGUAGUAUUCCUUUCUUUUGUAAUGUUGUAGUAGAUGUAUUAAAAGCAUUUAAAAAUGCCA